AUGGCUUCACUUCUCUCACAGAUGAUCGAGGAGUCAAAUGUGUACAAGAAGUACUCAGCAAGCCGCGGCAACGGCCUGUUUGCCUCCCAAGACCUUCAGGUCAAGUCACAAGUGAUAUUCGUGGCGAGGCCGCUACUGAUGGUCCUCGAUACCGCACAACUAAAGUCACACUGCGACUAUUGUUUGAAACCUCCCUCGGAGCACUCUCCUUGGGCAGAUUCGGGUGAAAACAACACGCUGAAAAGAUGCACAGGAUGCAGUGUUCUCAGAUUUUGCGAUCGGCAAUGCCAGAAGCAUGCCUGGGCUCAGUACCACAAGUUGGAAUGCAAGGUCUAUGCAGCCCAACCUCGUGCAUUGCCAACACUGAAUCGAGCGAUUUUGAGGCUGUUGAAGCAACACGAUGCAGGGAUACUUCCAGUCGGAGAGUGGGAAGCUCUCCAUUCUCUUCAAGACCAUUAUGAAGGACUCUUGCAAGUGGGUGGUAAGAAUUGGCAGGAUCUUCUUCUUGUGGCCAAGAAGCUCCAACAAGAUUCGGGGGGUAAGCGGAGGUUGGAAACCAUCUUGCGCCUUGUGUGUCUGGUCGUUGUCAACUCCUUCACAUUAACUAAUCCUACAUUUGACCCUAUUGGUCUCGCUCUCCACCCGAGAUCUGCGCUUUUCAACCACUCCUGCGAACCCAACGCGCUGGUUCGUUUCGACGUCGCUCCCAAAUCCGAGGCUGGAAAAUUUCCACCCUCAGGUAGCAUAUCGGUGUACACUCUACGACCAGUGUCCAAGGACGAAGAACUUACCAUUUCGUACAUCGACACGACCAGCCCCCUAGUCAAACGCCAACAGGAGCUGAAGGAGCGCUAUUUCUUCGACUGUGCUUGCAAAUUAUGUUCGCAAGGCACCAGUCAUGUCCUAGAUGGGCUCCGCCUCGACGGCGACUCCAGUGCUUACCAACGACAAGAAGAGUCGAAGAAGCUCAUGAACGCUCAAACCUCAGCCGAACAAUAUCUCGAAUGGGUCAAGGCGACGCCAGGGCUGGAGCACCAGCAAGUUGCUGAGAUCAGAGACGCCAUGAGCAAGUUGGCUGCCACCCAUAACUGGGAGCUCCAUCGAUAUCCAUGGCCACAGCUGAGAAAGCUUUUGUUCCUCGGUUUACUUGGUCUGGAGGAAUUUGACGCCGCUUUCCUUCAGUGCGCCAUAUUGCUCCAGAAAGUCUAUCCAGUGAUCUUCACACAGAGACACCAUCCCGUACGACUGGUGGAAAUGUGGACUCUUUUCCGAAUGUGUCACGCUCUGUUGGUCACUCAAACCAGCCCAGAAGGCUAUUCCGAGCCACUGGUGACGCUUGGCUGCGCGGCACUCCACGAAUUAAACAGCCUUCUCGAUAUUGGUGGUAGGGUGGAGGGGCAGUUUGAACAUCUUGUAGUCAAAGCAUUACAUGCCGUGCAGAGUGAGCCAUUUAUUUGGGGCAAGUAUGAAGAAAGGGUCAGCAACUCUGCAUCCGCUUGGGCAUGGUUAGAUCAAAAGAUACAUGACUAUCUAGUCAAAGAAGAAGGAAUUCAAGUUGAAGAGCUCGGACAUCAUAACUGA